CAAAUGACCAUAGGCUCCAAGGCCUUUAGAAAGUGAUUAUUUCAAGUUUAUAUUUAAACCCCGCUGGAGUAGAAUAGAAGAGUAAAACGCACACAUUUACAGUAUAUUUGAUAUGCCACUUAGCUUUCAAAUGGUAGUUACAAUUGUUUAUUUUGAAAUGUAAAUAGAUGGCACAUACAAUAACAGCAGUUAUAAACGCAACGUGGUAUUUUUCGAAACUAUUCACCCUAGAUUUUAUUUUAAAAACUAAAUGCGUUUUUGCAAUUUUACCAAUAUACAUUCUCUUCUGAGAAUAUUAGUCACGGUUACUUUCCCGUCCUAAAAGUGGACAGGGUUUGAUGUUUUUCAAGAAACGUGCAGUUGUAAAACCUUUGGGACCAUUCCGGUACAAACGACACCCAUUCCUGACAGGACGCCAUCAGACGCACCUUAACGGAGGUACAGUACUACGCAAUCCUGAGUGGACCCUUGCAGAAACUGGAGAGAGAGAGGAGAACUUUCUCCUGCAGAGCAAGCCAUGGAUCUGCAGAACCUGGCGAAGGCAGUCGCCACACUCCUCCAGAACAUGGUGGGGAUCCCCGCCAACCUCACCGUACUGGGAGUGUUUGUCCAUGUGGCCCGAACUGAGCGGCGACUUCUCCCCACGGACGCCAUCGUUUCCCACUUGGUUUCUGUCAAUCUGUUGUUGAUCUUGACCCGGGGGAUCCCACAGAGCCUGUCUGCACUCGACUACAGGGGCUUCUACGACUCGGCCACCUGCAAGUUCCUUAUCUUCACGUACCGCACGACCCGCGCCAUGUCCAUCUCGCUCACCUUUGUCCUCAGCGCCUACCAGUGCAUCACCAUCGCCCCUGCCUCCUCCCGCCUCUCCCGCCUCAAGCCCUGGCUCUACCGCUGCCUCCUGCCCCUCAACCUCUUCUUCUGGCUCCUGAACGGAGGCACCACCUACACCAGUAUUCUCUACACCAGCCAGGUUAGGAACACCACGCUCAGCACCAACACUCUCAACCUUGGCUACUGCCUGGUGGUGUUCCCCAGCGAGGAGUCCUACUUUGCCAACGGCGUCAUGUAUCUGACCAGGGACCUGUUCUUCGUCAUCCUCAUGGUGCUUGCCAGCUUCUACAUCCUGCUGCUUCUCUACCGGCACCAGCGGAGAGUGAAGGGGCUCCAGAGCUCCAACAUGAGCCAGGGGUCACGGGCUGAAACCCGAGCUGCUAAAACCGUGGUCACCCUGGUCACCCUGUACGUCCUGUUUUUUGGCAUUGACAACUUGAUUUGGGCCUACACGCUCACCACGGAGAAGGUCCCGCUCCUCAUGAAUGACGUGCGAGUCUUCUUCUCCUCGCUGUAUGCCUCGGUCUGCCCUGUAGUUGUGAUUGUGUCCAACAGGAAGGUCAACAGAAGGCUUUCCUGCAUCAAACUUGCUUGACGUUCUUUCUCUAAAGAAACUUUCAUCUCCACUAUUUAGAUCAAAAUGUACAGUAUGUAUUCUGUUUAAUAAAG